AUGGACGAUGCUCAGCACGGCGGUAGUGACCAGGCCAGCCCUGGUCUUACGCAUCCCGCGUCAGGUGCUUCCAAAGCCAACAACUCGGUUAGAAAGACGCGGGGGAAGUACACUUCAAGAGCAUGCCUUAGCCAGGGAGAAAUUGGGCAACAUGAUGCACCUGACGCAUUGGAAGUCGAUCCCAUCCAGCAGAUCGAGUCAACCGUUCAGCCGCCCCUGCAGUCUGUCCAGCCGUCAAACCAAGUGCCUCCUGAUCUGGACGCACGGAUGAGGCAGAUGGAGAAUGCCCUGCAAACGCUGAUCCAAAUUAUUCCCCGGGGCACCGAAAGACCGAGCAUGGAGUUUCAAAGAACCGACGAAGAUGGCGGAUUCCAAGGCGACACCACCUUCAACGCCCCAGUCGAUGCCUUCAAUGCCAGGCUUGCAUCGCUCCGUGAGCAACUUGGCUACUCUGAUACUUCAUCGCCUUCAAGGAGGUCUGACAAUGAACUGACGCUUAACUCUGCGUCGACCGUCACAGGUGCAAGUGAUGAGCUGAUUGACAACAUACGCUUUGGUUCCCGCACCCUCCCUUUCCCCUCUGCUCCUGAGUAUGCUCGUUAUCUUAAUCUCUUCUUCAACGAUAUUAACCCUUGCCAUCCGUGCAUUAAUGAACCCGAAUUCACCUCCAAGUGCCAAAAGCUAAAAUCCACGCGAGCUGUCGAUCCUCAAGACGCAUGCCUACUCGCCAUCAACUAUAUCAUCUUCGCGUGCGCAGAUAUUCUCACUGAAUUGAGCCCCGUCCAACAAACGAGAUCGGUACCGGGGUGGAGAUGGUAUCUGAUUGCCGAGGACCUUAUGAACAAGAGGAAAUUGACGGGUCGAGGAGAUCUGAGUCUCAUCCAGUAUUUAGUCUAUGAGACAUUCUAUCUCAUUCACGCGGAUAUGCCAAACGCGGCGUACAACGCUUCUGGCCUCGCAUGUAGACUAUGCUUUCAGUUUGGACUUCAUCAGCAACGGCUUUGGGGCUCUAGCUGCACUCCAUUUUCUAAACAUGUCCGUCAACGGCUGUUCUGGACUCUGUAUUUUGUUGAUAGGCGCACUGCUUUGAGUUGCGGUAGGCCGUACGGAAUUAGAGACACGGACGUUGACGUCGAAGAGCCAGCAUGGAUUGACGACAAGGCACUCUUCCCCGACAAGCCGAUUCCAGAUGCUGACCCCGAUCACACAUUCAAUAUCUUCCUUUCCGGACUGACCGCAUUUUCUCGCUUCGCUGGAGAAAUAUGGGACCAGGUGUUCUCUGUUACGUCUGCAGACGAUCCGCAUCUGGGAGAAAAGGUUGCUGUUCUGGAUGCACGUAUCAGAUAUUGGACGGAUACAGUGUUCCACACUCUCCCCUUGGUUCCGCCGCAUGGACAUCCAACACAACGCCAUCGAUGGCAGGAGACCCUCAUACGGACGAGAAUGAGCCAUCUACGCUUGCUGCUUCGCCGGCGCACUAUGGUAUCUUUGUCUUAUACUAUGACAGAUGGCAAAAUAUGCGGAGAGGUGGCCAUGGAAAUUGUUGGCGACAUAUUACCACAUGGCGCAGAGGCGCGGAAACCAAGCUGCUCACGAUUUCACAUGGCAUUUUCUCUCGGGGGCGCGAUUCUCAUCCUCGCCACUCUGCUAUGCCGAGACUUAUCGACGGUUAGCCUGCAGGAAUAUCGAACUGCCUACAUGAAGUCUUUCUCUUCGGGGUUAGCUUUACUCCGAGACAUCUCUGUCCAUCUACAUACGGCCAGACGUAUCUUGGAAGACCUUAGGGGAAUCAUCGAGGUGGUGGAGCAUCUGAUACGAGAGGAAGACGGAAAUCCAACACAAUUCGAGGAUAUCAGCAAUGUCGUGCCACCGAACCUAGAGGAUCUUUUCCCCUACGGCGAUAUCAACACAAGCUUUCAACCAGACUUGGAUAUGUUUGACAUGCAAACCCGGCCGCAAGAACUCGGCAACAACGAUGUGGCUUACAUAGAUGGCGAUGUUUCAAUGGGACUUUGGGGUCCAUGGAAUAACGAAGGGUAUGGAGUUCCAUGGGUCUAA